AUGAGAAAGAAAACCGGCCAGAAGAAGCUAGAGAGUGAAGAUGAAUGGUACUCAGAAAAUGAAGAUUAUGAAGAGGACUAUGAGGAUGAAGGGGAUUACAAAUCUGAGGUAGAAGAGAUGGAUUAUGAAAGGACUGAUAGGUAUGAACAAUUAUUACAUGAUUUCGAAGUAGAAUCAGAUUGUAGGUUGUUAUGGGAAGGCCAUAAUGAUAUUGCCCAACAGUGGUGGGAAUAUGAGAAUGGAAAAGGAGCUGAAAUGUCACUUUCCCAGGACGAAGUAUACUUAGUGGACGAUUUAAGGACCAUCCAGAGUGAAGAAAGCUUCUCUGAUAUAACCUGGAUGGAAUGGGAGCCCAAAAAAAAUGUUCUUUGGCCCCUUACACCUGAAGAAGUUAUAGAAGCCUCGGAGGAAGAAAAUGACUCCAAGUAUGAGGAAACGUCAGAUGAUGAUGAGUCCCAAAUAGAAGUUGUAAUAAACAGUGGAUCGACAAGUCUAAUCACCCCGGAGGAAAAAACUUUGACUGAAGAGUGGAAGGUUAAUAAGAGUCUUGCAAACCAAGUAAAACAAGAGGAUGCAAUGAUGAAUGAAUUUAUCAAAUGGCCAAAAGAUGACCAGGAAGAAACCUUUGAGCCACAAGCCAUUGAUAUCGGCACAGAGGGAAUUGGUAUUGAAAAGGAUGAACAGGCAAUAAAUAUGGACGUGCCUAUAUAUAUACCUGUCUUUCUUUUUACUAAGUUAACUCCUAGAAGACGCCAAAAAUUGGUCUUUGCAGGGAAAACCCAGCGCUUCAAAAAUGAGUUCUUUCUCUAUGACCAUCCUACCCUUAAUGACUAUAUAGCAGCCCAGGAGCUCAAUUUAAGGGAGGCCGUAUAUUGGGUAGAUUUUUAUAGCUAUCCUUUAAUUGCCAACGACCCAAAUGAAUUACUAAUCCUGCAAAACCAGAUGCAAAAUGAAGUACGACAAAGUGAAGCCCGGCAGUUAAUGACUUUACAAACCGGCAUUGACCCUGGGUGUGACCGAAGACUUGUGGAUGAUAAUAGUGUUCUUAUAUUACCUGUGGAAAUCGAGUUGGAUUAG